GCCGCGCUCCGCCCGCCCGCCCGCCGGCCGCGCGGCUCCCGCUUCUCCUGCGCCUGUGGGACGGCGGCGCGUGCGGCUGCUCGGCUCUCCCGGCUGCCUGUGCCGCCAGCAUGGAGACUCGCCGAGUCCUGCGAAAGGAUCUCCAAGGAAAGAAUGUAAAGAAAUUCAGAUAUAUGAAGUUGAUUUCCAUGGAAACCUCGUCCUCCUCUGAUGACAGUUGUGACAGCUUUGCUUCUGAUAAUUUUGCAAACACGAAACCUAAAUUCAGGUCAGAUAUCAGUGAAGAACUGGCACAUGUUUUUUAUGAGGACUCUGAUAAUGAAUCUUUCUGCGGCUUUUCAGAAAGUGAGGUGCAAGAUGUGUUAGACCAUUGUGGAUUUUUACAGAAACCAAGGCCAGCUGGCACUAAUGAACUGGCCAGUAUUUUUCAUGCCGACUCUGAUGAUGAAUCAUUUUGCGGUUUCUCAGAGAGUGAGAUACAAGAUGGAAUGGUGAGUUCAAGAGUUUCACCACAGUUGAGAAGUAAGAGACUGCGGUCAGGCCGCGAGCGCUGUGGGACCCGGAGCCAGGGCAGGCGCCCUGGACCGCUCCGGGUGGCGCUGAAGUUCCCAACAAGAAAUGCCAGGGGAGCCAGUAAGAAAACCGUGGCGCCCCCCCAGCCCUCAGAGAACUCUGCGACUGAUUCCAAUUCUGAUUCGGAAGAUGAAAGUGGCAUGAACUUUCUGGAGAGAAGGGCAUUAAACAUAAAGCAAAACAAAGCCAUGCUUGCAAAGCUCAUGGCUGAGUUAGAAGGGGUGCCCGGCCCUUUCCCUGGAAGACGAUCUUUCCCAGAGUCCAGCUCGAAGUCCAAGACACCCCGGAGACGCACAUUCCCCAGCGUGGCGUCCAGGAGAAACCCGGAACGCAGAGCCCGUCCUCUGACCAGGUCCCGGUCCCGGACCCUCGGGUCCCUCAGUGCCCUGCCCAUGGAGGAAGAAGAGGAGGAAGAGGAAGAUAAGUACAUGUUGGUGAGGCAGAGGAAGCCCGUGGAUGGCUACAUGAACGAAGACGACAUGCCAAGAAGUCGCCGGCCGGGAUCCAUGACCCUCCCGCACAUCAUCCGCCCGGUAGAAGACAUUACAGAGGAAGAGUUGGAGAACAUCUGCAGCAACUCUCGGGAGAAGAUAUACAACCGUUCGCUGGGAUCUACUUGUCAUCAGUGCCGCCAGAAAACCAUUGACACCAAAACUAACUGUAGAAACCCAGAAUGCUGGGGCGUCAGAGGCCAGUUCUGCGGCCCCUGCCUUAGAAACCGUUAUGGGGAAGAGGUCAAGGAUGCUCUGCUGGACCCGAACUGGCACUGCCCGCCAUGCCGGGGCAUUUGCAACUGCAGUUUCUGCCGGCAGCGAGACGGGCGGUGUGCAACAGGAGUCCUGGUGUACUUGGCCAAAUUCCACGGCUUUGGAAAUGUGCAUGCUUACCUGAAAAGUCUGAAACAGGAAUUUGAAAUGCAAGCAUAAUGCCUGAAAGAGUCCUGGAAACUGGGAGCGAGUUCCUCUCGUGUGAUGCACAUGCGUUCUGGAUAUGUCCAGGAAGGAGUUUGGCCUGUUCCACCUUGCUUUGCAGCCUCUCUGCUUCCCCCACCCUUCAUCCAUACCACUGACCCCUCUUUCUGAGGUCCUCUCCCACUAUGUAGUUUUGAAUGACAGUUGAAAGUGUAUUUGACUUAACUGGGGUUCACAUCUAUCCAUAAAACCCAAGCACUUAGAAGAAACACAGUAGUCAUGCUAACUGGAUCUCUUGAGUUUCAGCGAGCAUCCUCUUCUGGGGUUACACAGGCACAGCUGACAUGUCUGAUAGACCCAUGGCUCCAGCGUCCUAAUGCCAAGUGGAAGGAUCAGGUUGUUUGUUCCCUGUUUGCCUGUGCUGAAUUCCAGCAUCCCGAGGUUAGCUGGUGCCCAGGGCUUCACUGCAAUCAGAAGGCUUGUGGGCAGUGAUGCACUGUACUUCAGAUUGUUGAAGAACCACCUGCCACCUUAAGAUGGUGAAACUUCAGGAGCAGCCAACUUGAAUUGUUGGUAUAAAACUUAAGGAUAAUUGUAGUUGAAUAGGUUCUUUUGAGUUCAUUUACAAGGUCUUUCAAAUCAGUGUGCAGCCUGUUGUGUGUGGAAACUUGAUGGUAAUAAGCAGUAGCCUUUGGGUCCUAGCAGUUGUUUGAAAGGCAUCCUGCAGGAAGCAUGCGGUCCACGCAUCGGUUGCAAGCACUUUUUUUCUGACAGUGAGAAGUGCCUUUUAUGGAGAUGGGUGGUUUUCCAGCAUCCCCUUCGGUUAAUUUUCUGAGCAGGCCUCAUUUGUCCUCACCUUCCUGCUGCAGUCAUUCGGCAGCGGUGAGCUGAGUCUGCAGCUUCCUGUGCCCCAUCAGUGUUGGAUUCAUAAUUGGACCUUGAAUCAGUGUAAAUAUGGUUUGUGAUCUGUGACGGUUUUAUACAAAGGUUUUUAUUUUAAUAAUAAAAAAAUUUGUUCUAACAU